CUUCUCCGUCUCUAUUCUUUGAAGAAACAUUUCUUUCGGAGUUUGGUGUUUUCAUUAGGGAACAGGACCCUAUAGUGCACACUAUUUCGAAAAUGCUUGGUUUAAGUGCUGAAGGUGAUCAUUUACCCAGAGUUGCGGACUAUUAUCAUAACAAGAGUAUCUUCAUUACAGGAGCAUCUGGAUUUGUUGGAUCAGUUUUAUUGGAAACUCUGUUGCGAUGCUGCCCUGGAAUCAAAGCCAUUUAUAUACUUUUAAGAUCAAAGAAAAAUGUGACACCAGAAGUUAGAAUACAGCAAAUUUUCAGUAAAAAGAUUUUCGAUAUUAUCAAAGAAGAGAAUCAAGAGCAGUUGAACAAAGUACACGUGAUAUCUGGAGAUAUUACACUUUCGAAUUUAGGAAUGAGUGAAGAAGAUACAAGCUUACUACUUGAAGAAGUAUCUAUGGUAUUUCACUGUGCAGCUAAUCUAUCUUUUACGAGACCUAUGAAGUAUAUGUUUUUAAAUGUUGUUUUAUCUUUGAAUUGCGUCAUUGAAUUGUGUAGGAGAAUGAAAAAGUUUGAAGCUUUAGUAUUCACUUCUACAGCAUAUACUAACUGCAAUCACCUAAACCGUGUUUUAAAAGAAGACGUUUAUAGACUACCUUUCAGAGCAGAAAAAUUUCUUGAUGCAUUCAAAAAUGAAGAUGAUGGUAUACUUGAUGAAUUGGUUGCCCAAUGUAAACCAGACUGGCCGAAUAAUUAUACAUUCUGCAAGUGUGUGGCUGAAAAUUUGAUCAUGGACACUGCUUCGGAUUUACCGAUCGUCAUCAUGCGCCCAUCUAUAAUCGUCGGUACUUUGAGAAAUCCAAUGCCUGGCUAUCAAGAAGACAGUUCUGGAAUAUCAGCACUUACUGUUUGGGUAGGAAAAGGGUUUCUUAAAGUUCUCCAUGCGGAUCCGAACAGUAAAAUGGAUUUGGUGCCAGUAGACAUCGUUUCAAACGCCCUUGUACUAUCAGCCUGCUAUGUAGGGUCGCAAAGGUGCGCGUCUCCCGUGAUAUUUAACUGCACAUCCACAGAAAAGUUUAAUAUUAAAAUCUCAGAAUAUGCAGAAAUUUUUAUGCAGUUAUUUUCCAAAUAUCCAGUUCCACAAGCAUUUGCGGAUGGAGUAAAAUGUGAGUAUUUUCCUAAUAAAUACGUCUUCUAUAUAGCCAGAAUCUACAAUCACUUUCUUCCUGCAAUUGCCAUAGAUGUGAUGCGAAGCUUUUUUGGAAAAAAACCAAGGGUAUAUUCUUCAUACCGUUUCUUUGAUCAAGUGAUGAAUGUUUUGCACUUCUUCAUGUCUCAUACAUUUUAUUUUGAUAAGACUAAUACGGAACGUCUCAAUAAAUUGAUUCAUCCUGAAGACAGAAAGAAUCUGGAAUUAGAUUUUGAAGGUUCAACUUUACAAGAUUUGGCAUUUAAUUAUCCAACAGCAUCCCCAUUUUAUGACUGGAAAAUUGAUACGAACACUCCAUCGGAAAGACAAAAAAUUAAAUAUCGGCGACAUCUGGCAAUUAUUUUCAUCAAAGCAGUUUUCUUGAUUAUCCUCUGUGCAUUUAUCAGCUGGAUUUUUUCCAAGAUAAUCGGGUAGUUUAAUGAGUGGAAUUUGAAUUGUAGUCUGUAUAAAUAUUAUCAAA